AUGGAAAAUGGAGUUAAGAGGUGUGGACCACCUUCUAUGAGAGACUGGAGUGCUGUUGAUAAGUUGAAAAAGUUUCUGAUAAUCUUUUACAACAGCACUCUAGUUGUUUCUGCCUCAUCGAAGGUGAAUUCUUACCAAUGCUACGGUGAGAUUGUGACGAUUGAAAGAAACCUCACUGCACUGGUCAACAGCUUCGAUCCAGAGUUGAAGGUGAAAGCGUCAGAGAUGUUGCAGAAGUUCCACAAGUACUGGGAUGGUAUCAAGAGUGUGAACAAGAUGCUGAUCAUUGCCACAGUUUUCGAUCCAAGGAAGAAGAUGCAAUUCGCCAAGCUGUGUUUCGAGAAGCUCUAUGAGAAGGACAGCUUGGAGUCUAACGCAAUGCUGGAAUCUGUUGGUGAUCUUCUCAGAUACAGAGGGUCUGUUGCAGAAGCCUCGCAGUCAAAUCACGCAUCAUCAUCUCAGCCUCCUCCAGAGUCCCAAGAUCAAGGCACAGAUAGAAUGGAGCUGGUGGUUGAAGAUUUCGGGUAUGAGAGGAUGGACUGUGUGUACAAGGAACUGGUUGCUGAGAAGGGAGAGGAUACAAGAGAUGAACUUGAUGUGUACUUGAAGGAGGCAGUUGAAACUCCUAAGCUCUUGCUUGGUGUUGAGUUCGACAUUCUCUCUUGGUGGAAGGUGCACAAGAUGAAGUAUCCUGUGCUUGCUGAGAUGGCAAGAGAUCUCUUCGCCAUGCAAGUUUCUUCAGUGGCAUCCGAAAGUGCUUUUAGCACAAGUGGUAGGAUCUUGGAGCCAUAUCGAAGCUGCUUGACUCAUUACAUGAUCGAAGUUCUCAUGUGCACCGAGCAAUGGAUGCAUGCUGACAUCAAGGUGAGUGAGCAAGUGACUACAAAUGAGCAAAUGCUUGCUGAUGUGGAGAUGCUUGAUCGACUUCAGAAAGAGUUUCAAGCACAGAGGCUUGAUGAUUGA